UUGUCGUAUCUUGAUUGACGCUAUCGCAUUGUUCGGCAUCUCCGAUAGCCAUCGAGUCCGGGGAUUAACCCCAGGGGUGGCUGGACCAGUCCAUCAUCAUUGCCGACGUCACAACCAUUCGUGUUCUUUGUUGGACAAAUGCAUCUCGUAUUCGGGAUCCGAGUGUCACAGGCGGGGUGGCCGGCACCCGCGUUGUGUCAGCGACCUGUGCUGUUAUAAUACGACUGGAGUCGGCUCAGCCUGUCUUCCUGGAAUCUAUCGCUGCAAAUCAGUGAAAAUGGCCGACGAAACCAUUCUCGUGACCGGUGCCUCAGGCUUUGUGGCCUCGCACAUCAUCGCCACCUUUUUGGCAGCGGGAUACCGAGUCCGGGGCACCGUCCGGUCCGGGUCCACCGCCGAGACGGUUCAAUCCCGCUUCGCUCCCGAACAUGUGGAGCGGCUGUCUUUUGCCGUUGUGCCUGACAUGGCGGCAUCGGGUGCCUUCGACAAGGCCGUCGAGGGAGUCACGGGCGUCAUACACACCGCCAGCCCUUUCACCCUAAAGGUGACCGACAAUGAGACCGACCUCCUCCAGCCCGCCAUCCAAGGGACCCUCAACAUACUGACCGCGGUCGCUGCCCAAGGGCCCGAGGUCCGUCGCCUCGUUUUUACCUCCUCCUUCGCCGCAAUUGUCGACAUCAGCCAGGGUCUCCGUCCCGGCUACCGAUACACCGAGGCGGACUGGAACCCGUGCAGCUAUGACGAGGCCAAGGCAUCGACCGACGCGAGUUUUGUCUACUGUGCCUCUAAGGCCCUGGCCGAGCGCCAGCUAUGGGAGUGGGUUGAUGCGCACUCUCCUAAUUUCGACGUCGUAGCCAUCUGCCCGCCCUGGAUCUUCGGCCCUUCAGUGGGAGCCCCGAGCCCUGGCAAAAACGGACUAAAUGAGUCGUCCGAGGCGAUCUGGAGGCUGGUCAACGGAUCCCUUACAUCCAUCCCGGACUAUGAUUACAUCGCGUUCGCCAAUGUCCACGAUGCAGCGGCUGCGCAUUACGAGGCGUAUGUCCGCCCGGAGGCUGGUGGGGAACGGUUUCUCGUGGCAGGUGGUCGGUUCCUGUACCAGGAUGCGUGUGCGAUUCUCCGGAGAAGGUUUCCGCAGCUGGCGGAUAAGAUUCCCGGAUGUUCUGGUGAUGCUGCUGUCGUCGAGACAUACAUUGCGGAUGGUGGAAAGGCGCAGAAGGUGCUCGGGUUAGAAUAUCGGGAUCUGGAGGAUACACUGGUGGAGACGGUUGAGGAUCUGUUGGAGAGGGUUGCUGUGUAGGAGCCUGACAGAUAUUGGUACGCUGAAUGGUCGUAGACAUGCACAAGUGUUGUUAGGGCUAAUUUUAG